AUGACCUCUUCGACUGCGGUCGUAGAACUUGGCUUCGCCGAACCACCAGAAAGUCCUCUUUUAGCUAAAAAUUUUCCAAAUAAAAUUGGAGGAAAACCGCUAUACACUCCUGAAGACUAUCCUCCCGAAGCAUUUCAUCGUACAAUUUACGUAUUUUGCUGCAAGGAUGGGUCAUGUCACGAAAUUUCUUGGGAGAAAAGCUUUAAAGUAUUUCGAAGUCAAUUACCUAAAAAUAAUCCCUAUUGGCAAGAAAAUGAAUCCGAUAAAAAGUUUUUACCCGCCAAACAAUGCACGGUUUGCGGGUUACUUGGAUCGAAAAUGUGCGGAAAAUGCAAUACAGUUAAUUAUUGUUCAAAAGAACAUCAAGUACAUCAUUGGACCUUGGGACAACAUAAAAUUCAUUGCAAUACUACAUCAAAACCACCAGCUUCUUUACAAACUAUUGCGGAACAUGAUAAUCAUUGUAGAAAAUUGGUUUUAUUUCCGGAAUUUGAAGCACUUGUACCUGUUGGAGAUGAAGUUUAUGAGAAUACUGAAGUGGAUGUCGAUAAAUCAUUUUUAAAAUUUCAAAAGAGAAUUGAACAAUAUCCCGAUCAGAUUUUAAGAUAUAAUCGACUUGAAUAUGGAUGUGAAAAAAAUGCGGAACCUUUAUGGGUUAGCAAUAUCGGUAAACCAACUGUAAAAGAUAUUCCUUCAUGUCCAUAUUGUGGACAAGAAAGAACUUUUGAAUUUCAGAUCUUGUCUACACUACUUAAUUAUCUCGAAAUUGAUCAUUUGCAACGCGGUUCACUUGAUUGGGGAACAUUGCUUGUAUAUAGCUGUAAAGUUAACUGUCAUGUAGAGAAUAUGUAUUACAUUAAUGAAAUUUUAUGGAGACAAGAUUUUAGUGAGGAAGGUGUAAAAGGUUUAAAAUAA